UAUUCAGGAGUAAACACUCGAUAAACAUAUCAAAAUGUUAUUUCUACACCGAUAAAAUUUUUACGGACAUGAGAGUUCUAUAAGAGUAAUAUAUUAAGGCAAGAAAUAUCGUCAAAAUGAAUACCGGCGACGAAGUGUUGUCCUUUAUGGAUUUGCUGGAUUUAGACGAAGAAUUAGUCGACGAGCGUCUUAAAACAAUCAUGGUAAGAGACGAUCACUCCAAAAAACAUCUGACUUGGGCAAUUCAACUUUUACAAUACAAGCAACUUAUAAAUAACAAGGAGGAGACAGAUUGCGAGAACGACUUGGAAAGUGACUUUGUUGCAAAGUUAAUAAAAUAUGUUAAAGACGAGACUAUUGAAAGUGUGUGCAAAAUAACGAAUAUUGUACUAAAUUUGAAUCCAACUUCCAUAACAAGCAAAUCAGAGCAUUUAUUGCAGCAAAUACUGUCUAACUUGGACUUGAGCCCUUCAAACUUCAAUUUCAGCACAGAAGAUAACUUUGAAAACUGUACAUUACUUAGGCUUGAUUUAUAUUUAAAGCUCUGUGAUAGUAUACUUGAUGCAGUUAUUGAAAAUAAUGAAAAACUCUAUUUACCUUUCCUGGAAACACCUUUAGAAAAUAUUCUGCUGAGUAAUAAUGAAAAACUUAAAACCUAUUUCUUGACAAAUACUGUGCCAAGAUUCUUUGAGGCUGUUACUGGGUAUGCUAUACUAGACAGAAUAUGGAAUUAUUUGCAACAGUUGAAGAAUGAGUCAAAGCAAACCUCUCUAAAAGUUUUAAGUUGUUUAUCAAACUUCUACUUGCCAACAGUUGACAACAAAGGAAAACUAAAAUAUGAAUCAGAAAUAGUUCAUCAUUCAGAAUUCUGGAAUGUGAUAUUGUAUGGAUUGAGGUCAAAUGAUGCAAUUUUACACAAACUCUCAGUUUAUUUGAUGAAACGGUCCAUAGAUUGUAUCUGUAAUAUGAAGACAAAUGUUGAGGUCAAAUCAGGAGAAACAGUUUUAUUUUCAUGGAAAAUGAAAGAUCAGAACAGCAUGAAACAAAUGUGGAACAACUAUUUUAUAUUAAUAGAUAGCUUAGAGGAAAAGCAGAGUAAUAUAGUCCUGCCCUCUCUACAAUUAUUUGCAAAACUUAAUGACAUUGGCAAUCAUUGGUUGAACUGCGUGUUUAAUAUGGGUCUAAAACAUGAUAAUGCUCAAGUUAGGCUCAAAUGUAUUGAGUAUAGACUGGAUGUAAAGAUCAACAAUACUAAAGAAGCAUAUACUCUUUUAGAGGCCCUAAAUGAUUUGAACUUGUAUGACCAUCCAGAAGAAUAUGAAAAACUGAAUUUUAAGCUAGCAGAGAAAACAAAAGACUUAAAUACAUUUUGUUAUGUUUUUGAAGCAAUGCCUUUACUGAAAUGGUCACCUGUACCAUUCUUUUAUCUAAGUCGCAUAUUAGCUGAGCUACAUAUUGAAGAUGUUACUAAGGCAAUGCCCCCUGAUAGAGUAACCGAGAUUAUUAAUGAGCUACUUAAAAUACCUUGUAAUAAUUUGGCUGCUAGAAAAGCUAUACAAACAAAUAUAUCCCAUUUUGUUGGAAAAUCAUGCACAGGAUUUAAGUGGCAAGAUUACGCAAACAUAUACUCUGCAUUUAAAUUUGAUUUAAUGUCAAAUGAGGCCAAGAAGAAGAACCCUCUAUUAUUAGGUAUAAAAAAUAAACUUUCAAUACAUGACAAUAAAAUCUCGUUUUUCAAACUAGUGGGUGAUUCACAUUUGAAUGUUGAAUUGGGAUUAUUGUACCUUGAUAACCAUUACGAAGAUUUACCAUUAUUUCUUGAAAUAAUUAAUGAAAAAAUCUCAAGAAUAAAUGAUAUUGCUAACAGACAGUAUUCAAAUAAAAUUGAAUGCUUCAAUGAAGCAAUUUAUAUUUCACAUCUCUACAGAAAAACUGUUGGCAAAGAAAAUAAAACCAGAGAAACUAUCAAUUCAAUGAUAGCUAAGGAUAUAAAGGUAAUAUUACAGUAUGUUAUGACUUUAAUUGUAAAUGAGGUCAUAUUAACAAUAGAUGAAACAAAACUGUUUUUUAAAGAAUUGAAUUCAUUAUUACAAAAUGAGGAUAAAGAUGAUUUAAAAGAUAUUUUACUACAGCUGUACAAAACCUCAGUUUUAGUAUUAAAAAACAAAGGAUCUGACUUGAAUAGUAAGGUAUUGUGUACAUUUAUUGUAGCAAAUAUGGCUAACAAUUUGCUACUGAAAAGUAAUUACAAACAUGAAAUGUUCGAUCUUAAGGGAAUCUUAGAAAUAGUAACAAAAUUUGAAUUUGGUGAUAAUAAAAGUAAGGAAAGUAAUGGCAGAUUAAAAAACACGAUUUACGAAAAAUCCUGUGAAACCAUACAUUAUUUGAUUGAAGAUGAAAAUGACGCUAAAAGAAAUUUGAAAGAAAUAGAUCAGUUUGUAGAAAAUGUUAUUGAGUGUGGUGGAUAUGGUUGUCUCAAGUGGACAUUGAGGAUUGUAAAUAAAUUGUUACCACUUUUAGCAGAAGAAACAGACAAUUUUAACGUAACGCAAUUCAUUCAUAAUGCGUGGAGGGAAAUAGAAGAACUCAAAUCUAAUAACCAGUAUGCACCAUGCAUGAAAGAGUUUAUUGACUUGAUAACUCAAGAUGUUCUUUUAAAGAAUGCAACUUACAAUAACACCAUUCUUUUCUAUUGUAAUAAAGUCGUCGAAUAUGGCCCAAUGAAAAAUACACCACUUUACUUUUUAGUAAGGACAUUAAACUCUAAAGAUAUUAAUUCUGACUAUGGUCAGAUAGUUUAUGUAUUAUGUGAGAUGUUGCUGUUUUCACCAGUACCGCGGAAAGACCAAAGGAUUGCUGAAAACGUCGCCGUGGACAUUCUCCAUAAUCCGGAAUAUGCAGUGAAUCAAGAUGAGACGGGUAUACAUUUCAACUUCCAAAUACAAUUUAACCUGAUUAUAAUUCUUUGCAAGAUCUCAGAUCCUCAAAUUAUCAGAGUAGUUUCGGACUUGAUCAUGGAGAAAAUUAACAAGGUGCUGGUAAAUAAAUGCAUGUACCACGGCCAUUCCCAGCCACAUAGGACUCUGAUGAACGCCGUGCAGCAUUUAUUGUUGAUAUUGGUGUCGAAACCGAAAGGCGUCGAUUUCACUAAAAUAGCUGAUUGGUGCAUGAACUUGCUGGGACGGAUGCCUCAUCAACCAAGCGUUAGGAUUUGUUUGGAGUGGUAUACCGCCUUGCAUUUAUACAUGAAGCAACCUAAAAUGGACCAAGAGGUACUCAGUAUCCUUCAAUCCAAGAAAAUUCCGCUCACAUCCCAACUAAUGAUUCUGUACUGGAUUUUAAAACACAAAAUAUCAAACAGCACGUGUAAGUCAGGAGAGUUCGAGUUUGUCAUGGCGACCCUGUUGUCUCACACUAUGGGUCAAGUGUUCAGUAUACGCCUCCUGUCUCAAUAUCUUGCUUCGAAACUUUACCAACUCUGCAGCAAUAAACCCCAAGAAUACGGGUACGUAUUCAAUAUCAUCGAAAAUACGUUCACCGAAAGUCGGAAAGACAAAAACUUUCUAAAGCUUCAAAAUGAUUAUUUUGCCAAUGAGUUUGAUAUAGUCAGAAAUUUGACGCCUUGUUUUAUAUAUUAUUUUGUGCCGAGAUACUGCGAAGUCAGUAAUAACGAAAAUGUCGAUUUGGACUACGUAAGAACUGUUUUAGAUAAUGUAAAAAAUCUUUUAUUGGAAGAAAAGUAUGAUGAUGACUUUAGAAAGGAAUGGAAAGCAAGUAGCAUAUCUGACGAUGAGGUACUCAAUCUGAAAUUGUCGAAGAAUGCGGAGGUCAACGAAGUUGCCGUGAAUGCAGAAGUAGGAACAAUCCAGAAGAAAUAUGUGCCUUGGAAAAACAUGAGUGAUAUAGAUGUUUAUGAAAUCAAUAAAAAGAGAGAAAGCCCUAGUGACUUGAUUGUGGUGGCAUCUCUUAUCGACAAAUUACCGAAUUUGGGAGGCAUGGCUCGCACCAGUGAAGUAUUCGGCGUAAAAACCUACGUCGUGGAUAGUUUGCGACAUUUACAGGAUAAGCAGUUUCAGGGACUGAGUGUGUCGGCGGAGCGAUGGGUCGACAUCGAAGAAGUGCGGCCUGGUGCCCCCCUCAAGGAGUACCUUAUUCGGAAGAAGUCCAAGGGAUACUCCGUAGUAGCAGCUGAACAGACCUCCUCCAGUUGUCAGUUACAAUCGUUCAAGUUUCCCAGAAAAACAUUACUCCUCUUAGGACACGAAAAAGAGGGCAUCCCAUGUGAUCUACUACCGAUGAUGGAUUUCUGCGUGGAAAUACCGCAACAGGGCUUCGUGAGGUCUCUCAACGUGCACGUCACUGCCGCCAUAUUUGUGUGGGAGUAUGCGAGGCAAAAUUUCCUGUGAUGCCAAUUAUUUAAUAUAAAAGUACUGAAACACUGUGGUGAAGUUUUCCAUACAUAUAAAAUUUUUUGCGGUAUGCAAAAAAUGGAUUUAACGGCCGGCCUUUUAAUAUGAAAGGUUACCUGAGGUAGCGUCCAUAGAGCUAUUAGAACUCGAGGUUGAUUCCCGCUACCUAAUAAAUAUGACAACUGUUAAGGAGAUAACAGGUUAAAAUAACUGCA